AUGGAAAUUAUUUCAUCAAAACGAUUCAUCUUGUUGACUUUAGCCACUUCAAGCUUGUUAACAUUAAAUGCUUUUUGUGCAGAUAAAUUAAUGAUACCCAAUCUUCACAGCAAAGAAAAUUAUGACAAAUAUGUGCAGCCUAGAGGAAUCCCAAAAGGGGAAAAGGAAAGAAGUAUCAAUUUUCAAGAACUAAAAGAUUGGAGACCAAAAAAUGUCAUUAAAAUGAGUGCGGCCACAGUAAACAAAAUGCCACACUCAGCAGCCAACUUGCCACUGAGAUUUGGAAGGACCACGAGAGAAGAAAAAUGCCCUGCGACAGCGGCCAACCUGCCUCUGAGAUGUGGGAGACAUGUGGAGGCAUGCAUCUUGAGCCCCAUUCCUAACCUGCCCCAAAGGUUUGGGAGAAUGACAUCAGCCAAGAGUGUCACUAGGACACUGAGCAAUCUCCUUCAACGGUCCACACAUUCCCUGGCUGCCUGCAAUGUGCUCUAUUCCAGGACCUGCCAGCGCCAAGAUGCACAGAAUCCUGAUGGGAAGUGGCCAAGGUAA